AAGCUUUCAAGGUACAGAAAUAACCCAAAAUUUAGCUAAUAUAAAAUUUUAUAAUCACAUAGGAAUAUAUUUUGAUCUUGUCCCUUUUACAGUGGGAAAUGCAGAACUUCACCCAGAAGUUCGUUGGAAUGAUGAAAUCAGAAAAUAUAUUCCAAUGGCAGGGUGGCACUAUUAUCGUAUCUCAGAUUGAGAAUGAAUUUAGGCAUCUAGAACGGGAUCAGGGGGCUCCAGCAAAGGCUUAUGCAGGUUGGGCAGAGAAAAUGAAACUCGACCUUGACACUGGGAUUCAAUGGAUCAUGUGCAAAGAAGAUGAUGCACCUGAUCCUAUUAUUAACACGUGGAAUGGACUUUGUGACAGAGGCUUUCAUCAAAAGUGCUUAAAUCCUCCUCUGUUGAGUGAAGAUAGUAAAGUCAAAACUUCUAAAAUUUUACGUUCUUUUGAUGUUUCAGAUAUAAGUUAGCCCUUCUCACGUAUUUGAUAUUAUGCUGAUUGCU